CAACGCUAGCAACGAGCUUCUGCCACAUGACAACAAGAACCAGCAUGGCGGUGGAAGCGUCAAUAAGGCGAGUAGAUGAGCUUGCCCGGCCCAAACCGAUGGCAGCCGGCUUUGUUGAAGACAGGCGUUCUGUAUAUUGGAUAGACAGAUGGCCACCUGGUCCAGGACCUAAUGGGACCACAGUUUGUGUUUUGACUCCACGACAAAUGCAGCUAGUCCUACACAGGAAUGUGAACCCUGGAUGGAAGGGAGACAGACCAACACCCAUUUGGCAAGUAAGCAAAGGGGCACAAAAGGCAGAAGCAUCAGAACGCAUAGAGGUCUUAGCCAUGGAUCGCAAAGUGAAUCCAAAUUACUCCUUCGAUCGCUCUCCGUAUACUGUGGUUCCAGAACCAGCCAAGAAACGAGAACCAACAGACAGAUUAGAACAGCUUGCCCAGCCAAAACCAUACAAAAAUGUGAACACUAUAGAAUACGAAGGAUUUGAUUGGACAAAAGUCAUUUGGCCAAGCCGAGUUUCUGCGGCCGCCAUGAAGGCAAAUGCUACACCACGAUUGGAGGUUUUGGCUGAGGCUAAAAACCCCCACCCGAAGUUUGUUGGCGAAAAGCCUGUUCAGUGGCCCGUUUUACAAGACACUUUGAAAGCCUCGGCAUCUGCACGCGUACAGCAGUUGGCACGGCCGAAGAGUCGCACGAGGAUUGUCGAUGAUUACGAUCCUUAUAAAGUCUCCAAUGGGGCCAAGAAGGCACAUGCCACUCCAAGAGUUUGUGAGCUGUCUUUACCAAUUCCUCGAAAGAUCAGAGAGAAGAAACUGGUCUAAAGUAAUGACUUAAUUUAAAAAAAUAGAUAAAAGGAAAUAAUGCUGUCUUAAUGGAGGACUGUGCCUUUUUUUUUUUUUUUUGGUUAAAAAUAGCAAAAUACAUAUUAAGUCAAGAAUGAUGGUCUCCGAUUAAAACAGCAUUAUUCAUUUUUCUCAAGAGACUUGCUCAUCAUGUUUGAACUGUGAUCAUGUGAUGAAAAGUGUAAUCCAGAUUACCUUUGCGAAAAAGAUUUGAAAAUUUCGGUUACACUGCAAAUGCAGAAUUUUGUUGUCAUGGACUUUGAAUAUGUUUACUGUAUUGUUUGGAAAUUGUGGAAGAUGUAUGUCAUGUUUUUGUCAGAGCUGUUUGAAGUCAAUAAUUGGAAGUAUAUCUCAACUGUUAAAAAAA